UUCAAACCCCUCCAGAAAUACAUCCGCCUAUCUCUGUUCAGGCUGGGAGUUUUAAAAAAAUCAACUACACCCUGCUAAAUAUGAGCCUAAAUUAAGUCACUUUAUAAACGCCAGCAUCCACAGCCGGGUACGAGCCAAGCCACCUCUGUUUCACCGGACACCAAGGAAAAAGAGCUAGACGUGGAAUGAUUUUUCUUCACAUUGUUGUCUAAGGGAGGGGUAUGGCCCUGAGAACGUCUCCUUUUCCCAACUGGUUUGUUGCAGCGAUCCAUGCAAUAAGCUGGGUACUAAUUGCACCUUGUUUCUGGUUUUUGGAUCGGUUUAUUGCCUCAUGGAAGUCCACAACUUUGGAGGCAGAUCAGCGUGAGGAGCAGGAAUGUUACCUUCGUCCUCUAGAAGUUUUUUUUGGCUCAAUCUUCUUUUUUAUUCUUUUUCUGAUUGCGUGUCCCUUUGCCUUCAUUGGCUUCUUACUAUGGGCACCGCUUCAGGCUUGUCGUAGACCAUUUUCUUACCAUAAAGAAACAAAAAUCUCAAAAAAAGAGAGCAACUUCAAAUUGACAGAGAAGACCUCAUUUGGAUUUGCCACUGCUAAUUUGUGUCUUUUACCGGACAGUCUGGCUCGCUUCAACAACCUUGGGCACACACAGCGCAGAGCAACGGCUAUUGGUCAACGUAUUGCACAUAGUGUUCAUCGCCCACAAAUUCGUAUCAUUGUAGAGUCUCCGAGCAGCUGUGGCACCCUCAGCCCCUCUGUAAGCAUACUCUCUGACGCUAACUCACCAUGUUCUGAGGCUGCAAGUAAACAAAUAGCUCAAGCAGAUGGUAACUAUGGCUCCACUGACAAUCACUGCACAGCUUCACAGCCUUCAAGCGUGGAGGCAGUCGUACCAGGCAAUGACACGGACGAACAAUUGACAGACUCUCCAACUACCCCACUAAAUUCAAAUCAAAAUUCCAACCAGCAAGACGGACCCCCUGCUCUACUCAGUCGAGGCCAGAGCACAGAGGAUAAUGUAAUCUGGGAAGUAUCAUCAUUAUUUCCAACUAAUUUGGAUGUAGUCUGUCUGGAAGAGGUGUUUGAUAAAAGAGCAGCACAAAAGCUCAUAAAUGCACUUAAGCCAGUGUUUGGACAUAUUUUAUAUGAUGUUGGGGUGUACGCCUGCCAGCCUCCAUGCACAUGCUCCACUUUCAAAUUCUUUAACAGUGGCUUGUUUAUUGCGAGUCGCUUCCCAGUGCUGCAGGCUCAGUACCACUUUUUCCCAAAUAGCCGCGGGGAGGAUGCACUAGCUGCAAAAGGACUGUUGGCCACAAAGCUGCUUAUUGGGAAGAAUGAAGGACAAAAGGAUGUGGUUGGAUUUUUUAAUUGCACACAUCUUCACGCCCCUGAAGGUGAAGGAGAAAUUCGUUGUAUACAGUUAGAUAUGGUAACUAAGUGGAUUGCAGAUUUUCAAGCAGCAAACACUCUUCCAGAUGAAGAUGUGGUGUUUGAUGUUCUCUGUGGAGAUUUUAACUUUGACAACUGUUCUCCUGAUGACACGUUGGAACAAAAUCAUUCUCUGUUUGAGUUGUACAGAGAUCCAUGCAGAGCUGGUCCUGGAAAAGAGAAGUCUUGGGUGUUGGGAACACUGUUGGAGCAGCCCACGUUGUAUGAGGAAGAUGUGAAUUCCCCAGACAGUUUGCAAAGAACUCUUGGAGACGAGAAGUUGAGGAAGCAGUACAUUUCUCCUCCUGUCCCAGUUGCAGGACAACCCUUGGUUUACCCUGAAAAUGGUCAGCCUUGGAUUGGGCGCAGAAUUGACUACAUUUUGUACAGUCAAAGCUCACUGUCAAAACACUACAAAACGGAAAUAGAAGAGGUGCAUUUUAUAACUCAUUUGGCCGGACUUACAGAUCAUAUUCCCGUCAGUGUCAGACUUGGUGUAAAAAAGGACACAGAGACUAUUGAGGAAUGAAACUCAGGUUUACACAAAUAUAAUAAGGGAUAAGGGUAUGUAAGGGAAUACAUGUUUAACAGUAAUUUAUGCUUGAUUUUAUAUUUUAGGAAUUAAAAAAUUGCAAGGCCUUUUGAGGCCUUUCCACUUUUGUAUAAGAUGGUAUUUUUGUCUUUUUUAAAUUCAGCUUUUUAUACUGCAAUAAAUGGAAAAUGAUUUUUAACCUGUCAGCUUUGUAAACCUCACACAAAAUAAACAUGGCAUUUUAUACUGGA